GACUUGAUUGUCAAAUUUUGCCAGUCUUUCAGCUUUCAUCUUCAUAUUCUUCAUUGUUUUUAAGAGUCGAAUGGGGUUAAUAAGAGCAAAACUUUCAAAGAUAAACUGAGUGUUCUGGUGCUCCUAUAAAUCGUUGUGAUGAAUUCCUGAUAAGUUCUUAUAUUUUUAAAGUUAUUUUCGUCCUCAGUACCUCUUUGGGAUGGCCACCGUUAUAGAAAUCCCUUUACGGGACACAGACGAGGUAAUCGAACUUUAUUCGGACCAACUACCAGAAGGAGAUGAAGUUCUCGGAAUCCUUCGUCAAGAGAAGACCCAGCUAUCAGUCUGGGUCAAUCUUGCUCUUGAGUACUAUAAACAGAGCAAAAUCGAUGAUUUCAUCAAGAUACUGGAGUCCUCCAGAACAGAAGCUAAUACUACUUAUAGGGAUUAUGAGAAAGAUCAAAUGCGUGCUCUGGAUAUGCUGGCUGCAUACUAUGUACAGAAAGCUAACAAGGAAAAGAAUAAGGACCGUAGAAGGGAUCUUUUCACUAAAGCAACCCUUUUAUAUACAACAGCAGACAAAAUUAUCAUGUAUGAUCAAAAUCAUUUACUUGGACGGGCAUAUUUCUGUCUUCUAGAAGGAGAUAAGAUGGAACAGGCUGAUGCUCAGUUUAAUUUUGUGUUGAACCAGUCACAAAAUAACAUACCCUCUCUGCUUGGUAAAGCCUGUAUAGCUUAUAACAAGAAAGACUAUCGUGCUGCCCUUGCUUUUUACAAAAAAGCCCUGAGAACCAACCCAAAUUGUCCUGCUGCAGUAAGAUUAGGUAUGGGUCAUUGUUUUAUCAAGUUAAAUAAUUUGGAAAAAGCAAGGCUGGCUUUUGAGAGAGCCCUGGAGCUAGACAACAAAUGUGUAGGAGCCCUAGUAGGACUUUCUAUAUUGAAACUGAAUGAGCAACAUCCAGAAACAAUCAGAACAGGAGUGCAAAUGCUCUCAAAAGCUUAUACCAUAGAUUCCUCAGAUCCCAUGGUUUUGAAUCAUCUAGCUAACCAUUUCUUUUUCAAAAAAGACUACAGCAAAGUUCAACAUUUGGCACUGCAUGCUUUUCAUAACACUGAGAAUGAAGCAAUGCGUGCUGAGAGUUGCUACCAGUUAGCCAGAUCAUUCCAAGUUCAAGGGGACUAUGAUCAAGCUUUUCAGUAUUAUUAUCAAGCCACACAGUUUUCACCUGCUUCAUUUGUAUUGCCUCAUUUUGGGCUUGGGCAGAUGUACAUUUAUAGAGGGGACACAGAAAAUGCAGCCCAAUGUUUUGAGAAAGUCCUCAAAGCUCAACCGGGCAACUACGAAACAAUGAAAAUCCUCGGUUCUCUCUACGCUAACUCCACUUCACAAUCGAAAAGGGACAUCGCCAAAGUCCAUCUGAAAAAAGUCACCGACCAAUUUCCCGAUGAUAUCGAGGCGUGGAUCGAGCUGGCCCAAAUAAUGGAGCAGAGCGACCUGCAGGCGUCGCUGGGGGCCUACGAGACCGCCAUGCAGUUGCUGAAAAAGAACGUGCAGACGGAGAUACCGGUGGAGAUUUUGAAUAAUGUCGGUGCGUUGCAGUACAGGUUGGGCAAUCUGGAGGAGGCGAAAAAGAACAUCGAAGAGGCCCUGAGUCGGGCCAAAACCGAGGCGGCCAACGAUCCCCAGUACUACAACUCCGUGUCAGUCACCAUGUCCUACAAUUUGGCGCGCCUCAACGAGGCCAUGUGCCUUUUCGACAGGGCCGAGAAGCUCUACAAGGUCAUCUUGACGGAGCACCCCAACUACGUCGACUGCUACUUGAGGUUGGGCUGCAUGGCUAGAGACAAAGGUCACUAUUAUGAUGCCUCGGAUUGGUACAAGGAAGCUUUGAAGAUCGACACCGAACACCCUGACGCUUGGUCUUUGCUGGGCAACCUCCAUUUGGCCAAGCAGGAAUGGGGACCUGGACAGAAGAAAUACGAAAGGAUAUUGAAUAACCCCUCGACCUCUCAGGACGCCUACUCCCUCAUAGCCCUCGGCAACGUGUGGCUGCAAACGUUGCACCAGCCCACCAAGGACAAGGAGCGCAUCGGCAGACACCAAGAGAGGGCUUUGUUGAUGUUCACCAAGGUGUUGAGGAUCGAUCCGAAGAAUAUUUAUUCGGCGAACGGCAUCGGUGCCGUUUUGGCACACAAGGGGGCUGUUAACGAAGCCAGAGACAUUUUCGCGCAGGUGCGGGAAGCCACGGCGGAUUUCAGCGAUGUUUGGUUGAAUAUCGCCCAUGUGUACGUUGAGCAGCGGCAGUACGUUAGUGCUAUACAAAUGUACGAGAACUGCCUGAGGAAAUUCUUCAAGUACCACAACGUCGAGGUGCUGCAGUAUUUAGCGCGGGCCUACUUCAAGGCCGGCAAAUUCAAGGAGUGCAAGAUGACGCUGCUGAAGGCGCAGCGAGUGGCGCCCCAGGACACCGUCCUGCUCUACAACAUCGCCUUGGUGUUGCAGCGACUGGCUACUUUCAUACUGAAGGACGAAAAGUCCACGCUGUCGACCGUGUUGCAGGCCGUACACGAAUUGGGCCUGUCCUUAAAGUAUUUCAACUAUCUGGUCGAGCUGAACGACAAGAUGCGGUACGACGUGUCUCUGGCGGAGCUGGAGGCCAGACACUGCAAGGAUCUGCUGUCGCAGGCGCAGUACCACGUGGCGAGGGCGAGGAGGGUAGAUGAGGAGGAGAGGCUGAUCAGGAGGAAGCAGGAGGAGGAGCGGGCGGCAUUCAAGAUGCGACAGAUCGAGGAGCAGAAAAAAAUGGUAGAGUCCCAACGUCUCAACCAAGAAACACAGCUCCAGAAACGUCAAGAAUACAUAGAAAAAACGAAGAACGCUAUGAUAUUCGCCAGCAUGCCCUCAGAAAAGAAAUCCAAAGGAAAGGGUAGAGGCAGAGGCGACAUCCUCUCAGGCUCAGACAGCGACGAUGGAAAUACCGACGCUCCUCCAGGUGAAAAGAAAGAAAAGAAAGACAGAUCAAGGAAAAAAGAACGAUCCUCCCAUAAGAAAAAAGGCGGCAGAGGCAGAAAACGUAAAGAAAACUCCGACGACAGCGACGGUAACGAAAAACCGAGAAAGAGAAGCAAAAAAGAAAUCAAAGAAAAACCGAAGAAAGAUGAAGGCCUUAGCGCCAAACAAAAAAGGAAAAUCGUCUCCAAGGCCACAAUUUCCUCCAGUGACGAUGAAAGUGAUAAUGACAAACGAGGAAGCGGCGAUGACAGUGAUCACGGUCCCAGAAAACGCAAAAUUUCCUCUGGUUCUGAUUCCGCACGCUCGAAAUCCAGAAGCAGAUCAAGGUCUAAGAGUGGCUCCAGAUCAAGAUCUCGGUCUAAGAGUGGCUCCAGGUCGAGAUCUCGGUCUAAAAGUGGCUCCAGAUCAAGAUCUCGGUCUAAGAGUGGCUCCAGAUCGAGAUCAAGGUCUAAGAGUGGCUCCAGAUCAAGAUCUAGAUCUAAAAGUGGGUCCAGAUCGAGAUCUCGGUCUAAGAGUGGGUCCAGAUCGAAGAGCAGAUCUAAAUCUAGGUCCAAAUCGAAGUCUAGGAGCAAAUCGCGGUCCAAGAGUAGGUCGAAAUCGAAGAGCAGAUCAAGGUCUAGGUCUAAAUCAAAGUCCAAGAGCAGAUCGAGGUCUAGAUCUAAGUCUGGCAGCAAGAGUAGAUCUCCGUCUAGGUCGAAAAGUAGGUCUAGGUCUCCGUCGAAAUCACCUUGAGCUCUACGGAUCUAGAGAACUGUAAAUGUUAUUCAUGUUCAAUCAAGUAUUUACUCUGGGAAUGAAGUUGAUUUGUUGCCUAUGAAUAUAGAUAUUUGUAACGUUUUGUAUCUAAUAAUUAACCAAUAAAGUUUAUGAACUAGUCAUGUGGCUUUUAUCAAAAAAUGUAAGCUGGUUAU